GAUCGAAACUCUGCCGUGAGUACACGUCUCUUCUUAGUCUCCACUGAGACGCCGUGCGGUGCAGUUCAUACUCGUGUGUUCCGGCACUCGGUGCAAGUUCCGAUUUCUUUCAUAUUCUUGUGAAGUCAUCCAACCGAAUCCAUAUCGUAUCAUUGCGAUAGCGCAGUGCCAGCAAGUCAGAAGCGUGUCUCUAGAUCGGAUCGAUUUUCGAGACGAUUUUUGACUUUUUUUUUCGCUUGUUCGUUUCUUGAAAUUAUAUCCGUGCAAAAUGAUGCACACUAUGAGCGAACAUACCGGUGGCACUGGAGGAUUGGGCGUCAGCGUGCUCCCAUUCGAUGGGAUGGGACUGUUCGAGCAACAGCGACCCAGAUUCCUCUUCAAGAUGCCCAAGGUGGUGCCCAAUCAGAAGGCCAAGUUCGAGACCGAGGAGUUGUUUAGGAGACUGAGUCGCGAGAGCGAGGUCAGAUACACCGGCUAUCGAGACAGACCAGUUGAGGAACGCCAAGUGCGCUUUCAAAAUGGUUGCCGGGAAGGUUAUACGGAGAUCGCGUUCGCAGCGACGGGCACCAAUCUCCAGCUGGUUUUCGGCAACGCGUCCGGAAAUUACGGCGGCGAUAUAAACGAUUGCGACUUUGAGAAGGAGCGCGGCAAGGUGCACCUGAGAUCCCGGCUGAUCAUGAAUGGCGUGUGCGUGAUGUGGCGCGGAUGGAUCGACCUCGAGAGAUUGGACGGCGUCGGUUGCCUCGAAUAUGACGAGAAGCGCGCCGCCGAAGAGGACGCCCUGCUCCGCGACCAGCUCGAGCGUUACAACCAACGCGUGCGCGACUUCGACGAGAAGCAACGGGCGUACAGGAGCUCGGCCGCACAGCCGCCACACUUGAACCACCACCACCACCAUCACCACCACCACGGGCAUCACGGCCACCACGUGAGCGGGGCCGCGGCGGGGGCGACGGGCACCAUCGAGGCGACCCACCUCACCCACCGCCAGGAUCCAGAGAUGGAGGUGAGGCUGAGGGCUUACUGAGGCAGCGAGAAGGCCGCCACCACCGAGACCAGUUGAGCUCUUUUCGAUCUGGGAGCGACACCCCGCUUCCUCGAGGAGGGUAGAGGGAAGAGGAAGAGGAGGGAGCGGGACGAAGAGUCGCGAGAGAAGGAUUUGGACGACUAUUCGUUCGAUGGAUUUGCGUGAGGAGAUGCGAGGAGGUGUUUGAAGAGAACAACGAUCGUUUCAUUCUUUUUUCGAGUAACGAGUUGGAUAAAUGAAAUUUUGCAAUUGUUUAAAAGUUGGAGAGAGGGAUGGGGGGAAGUUAGCAACGGGUAUAUCGUACUUUCUAAUUCUGUAAUUUCUUAUGUUCGGGAUACGAUAAUGUCAAUGUAAUUCUAUAUAUUGAAGAGAGAAAAGAAUAACAAAAGGAAAAUCUUAUCUCGUUCAUUUACAAAAAUAAACUAUAUCGAGAUCCUCGUGACUCCAACCGUUCCUUCUCCCUGUAUCCCUCCUCUCCUCUCCUCCUUUCCAAACAGAGUUUUAUAACGAUUGACCGAGUGAUCAAGUGAUCAAGUACGAUUCGAGUGACGCUCGAUCGUCAUUGUACGAUCAAUGAUCGGCGAUCGUUAAAAUUUAAGCGACGUACUCGUUACGUCAUCGAACGAGAAAUACUGAUAAAUACAUUCGUAAACCGCAACGCCGAAUUUCUUAUGUACAAUUAACGAUAGUAAGGAUCGCAUAGUGUUUAGCAUUUAAGGAACCAGUUCGUUUCUUUUAACAUUCUUCCAUCACAAAAUUCGUUGAAAAAUUAUUCACGAUGUUGCGUCCAAUUAUAUAUCAUUAUUCAUCGAAACGAGUAUUUUUGUUUUUUGGUUAUGUAUUUUUUUUUCUCGAAGAUAUAUCGUAAUAGCUGUAAGGAUAAUAUCGUUAGAUGAAUGAUGUACCUCGUCAACAGUAACAAACGUAAAGGAGAAUUAGAGAGGAUUGAUUACAAACUUUACGAUUGUUCCUGUCCUAAUUGCAUUCGUCAAAAGCCGUGCAACGAAUUUUUUCCCCUCCCUUUCGACGAAGCUUUUUCUUUUCUUUUCCUUCCUCCCUCUAUCUGGAGAAAAGAUGACGUCGCUCGAGUCUUGACUCCGAUUUUACAUAUCAACGUAUCAGAAUCUGCGAUCGAUUCGAUUCCAAACUUUCCUCGUUCUUAUUUUUCCAAUCAAAUUUUAUUGUCAAUAUAUUAGUUGAUAUAGUAGAAAGAUAUAGAUAUAUAUAUGUUUAUAUAUCCGAUUAAUUAAUACAUAGAAUAUAAAAUCAUUUUAUUUUUACGAUCCAUAUAUAUAUAUAUAUAUUUUCCUUUCGAGUUGAUAUUCAAGCUCGAUUAAUCGAAUCGUUCGUUUUUUCGUCAAAAAUUAGAUCGAAUCAUUUCGAUUUUAUGCAUUAUCCGAAAAGCUUCUCCCUCCCUUCCGUUUCCUUCGAUUUGAGGAAGAAAUUAGAAGAAUAGGAAAGAGAAAAAAAAGAGGAUCGUACGAUUUUUUUUAAUGAAAAAAACGCGAAUUGGAAUUUUCGGGAGGAGGGAUAUGGAAGAGAGAUGGGAGGAGGGCGUGCGUCAUGUUUGACGAAAGAGGAGCAUGAUUCACAUGGGAUUCCCCCCCUCCCUCCAGAAUUCCUCGCAAACGAACGAGCAAGCAAGCGUCCAAGAUUUCGUUUCGAAUUCGUCGAAUAUAUAUACAUAUGCAAGAGCGAUGCCCGACGAUGUCUUACGUUGCAUUGUACAUAUUUGUAAAGAGUUAGGUUAAUUUGUAACCAAGCGGCUUCUCCAUUCCGGGAUCGCGAACAGGGGAAAAAGCGGGAGAGAGAAUGAAAGAGAGAGAAUGUGAGAUGAUGAUGAUCCUCGACGCCUCGACGAUUGUAUAAAGCUGUUUAUCGAUUAAACAUAAUUUUUCGUCGAACAA